GAUGGAGAUGCUCCCGGCCGAGGUUGUGGACCACAUAGCGUACAAAGUGAGUGAGCUUGAGCUCUCUGACAUUGUUUCGUGGGCGUGCACCUCGCGGCGUUUCUACGGACUCCUCCUUGGCAGUCGUAGCCUGCGCGCUCGCGCUCGAGGCCUUGCAGGAUAUGAUGAGUGCAUGCAGAAAAAGAUCUGCUUGCAGCACGGCAUUGUGUGAUGCGGACGAAUUUCUUGCAGGUUAAUGGCGGGGAAGCGUUUUGGAAGGGCAAGGACUCGCGACUGGUGGCUCUGUUUGAUGAUUGGGGCGAGGUGGGGAAGGCGGUCAAUGAUCGGCUGGCGGAAGGCGAGGAGCUGGCGGGUGACGGCACAGCUGAGGAUUGGCUCGGCCUGGUGCGGGCGCUGGCGAAGGUGGGUGCCACGGCGCGGCCCGCCAACUUUGGCCCGGCCACCUUUACGUUCCUCCUCAAGUCGUCGGCGCUGCGGCACGCCGGCUCGCGGGCGAGCGUGGUGACGUGGUGCGUGGGGCGGGAUCUGCCUGCAGUGGCGGUCGACAUCAUCCGGCGCGGCGUGGAUGCGGUGGCGCGGCAGCAGGCGCUGCAGUUGGCAGCGCUCAAGGGGUAUGAGCUUGUGGUAGAGGCGUUGCUGGCGCGCGGCGAGGUGGACGCGGGCGCGGACGCGAGCUUUGCGCUGCGGUGUGCGACCGAGCACGGGCACACGGGCGUGGUAGCAAGGCUCCUUGAGCGCAGCGAGGUGGAUCCGGGAGCGAGCAAUAACCAUGCGCUGUGCGCGGCGGCGGCAGCCGGCUUUGCGGACCUCGUGGCGAUGCUGGUGGAGACUGGGCGGGUCGACUGCGCGGCGCGGGAGCACGAGCCGCUGCGCAAGGCGGCAGCCGGAGGUCAUCUUGUGAUUGUGGAGCGGCUGCUUGACGAGGACUCGGCGGGAGGCGACGAAUUGAGCGAGGUGCUUGUGUUAGCAGCGCGGAACGGGCACGCGGCGGUGGUGGCGCGGCUGCUUGCGGCGGACGGAGUCGAUCCGCAGAGCAACAACGGGCACGCGCUGCGGGCGGCGAGCGAGCUCGGGCAUGAGCGCACGGUGGCGCUGCUGCUGGGAGCUGGGAUCGAGUAUGAGUCUGCUGUGUACGAGGCGGCGUUCCGACUUGCAGCGGGCAAGGGCCAUGCGGCGAUAGUGAUCCAGCUGCUCCGCGCAAGCAACAUCAGCGCGAUUGCGAUGAACGAUGCGGUGGUGGCGGGAGCGAGCGGCGGGUUUGCCGACGUUGUGCGUGUGCUACUCGCCGAAGUGACCAGUGUCGAGAUGCUCAACACAGCGUUGGGGCAAGCUGCGAGGAGGGGGCAUGCUUGCGUGGUCGAGGUGCUUCUUGCGGACGAGCGGGUGGAUGCUGCGACAUCGUUCAACGCGCCGCUCCGAGCGGCGGCCAAAGCCGGCAAACUCAACGUUGUCCGGAUCUUGCUCGGUUACGAUGGCGUGGAUGCAUCAGCAGACAACGACUAUGCGCUCCGUGUAGCGGUGCGCAACAACGAUGUGGAGCUGGCUCGCUUCUUGCUCGAGACCGGGACGGUCAACGUUGGUGCCAACUACGACGAGCUGUUGCGCCUCCGCGGCCCAUCGCGGGCGCUCCGGGCGCUCCUUCUCGAGUUCCGAUGAGUGUGUGGGUGUAGGUAGACCGACCAUUGAAACCGUG